AUGCGCGUGGCUCUGCUUGCUGCCGUGCUCGCGCUGCUAGCGACUUCCGGCGCGCGGAGGCUCCGCGUGCUGAACGGAGAUGCUCGCCCUACAUUUUACGUGGGCAUCGCCGCGCCGCCUUCGGCCGCCGCCGCCGUGGGCGCUUUCAACCGCACCCUGGCGGAAUUAUCGCACAAAUUCCUCGCUGGCGACUACUUGCGAAAUGUGUCUUUACUGCCGCUGUAUAUCGAAUUACCGGAAGAUGAAAGAUUUUAUUACAUAGGCGCCCCUAAAUGCAAAGAAGCGUUGGCCAAACAGUCCUUCGUUGGCGUCGGGAAUACAAAAUCAAUCAAUCAUAUCUAUCAAACUAUUUGUAAUGAUUUAGCACAUAUUGGGAAUAUGUUAACAGUAUCACUCUCGACAUACAAUAAUAUGUACGUUCCGCAUAGUAUCUGA